CCGGCACUCACCAACUGGAACGAGCCCCGCGCCAGACACCAAGUACAUAGCAUCCAUUUUCACAGUCACGGCCCGGACCUUGACGUGAUCACGGCCCUGGCAUCUGAUCCCCGUCCUUUUUCUCUCUUUUCCAUCUUCCGUCACUUGCGCCGCCGCCUGUCCCUGGGGCCCCAUUACCACCAACACAACGACGCAACAACACCACAAUUUGUGUUUGUUGAUUGCGCCUGUCCUAAUUUGAACGCGCCUAACAAAGCGAGCUAUCGACAACCAUCUCACAUAUCCGAUCGCGACGUCACCAAUCUGCUCUUCACAGUCACCUAGCCCGGUGCCUCAAGAGCCUGCCACCAUGAAGGAUACAAACGGCUCGGUGAAGGGCGGUCCCGAAGGCCCCAUACCAACUCUCAAUGGCCUCAACGGGAUUAAUGGCAUCAAUGGCUACUCCAAAAAGGGCGUCAACGGUCCCAUCAAGCCCACCCUCAGCCACUCGGCCAGCCCCAGAGUCACACCAAGACAACGCCCACGCAGUCGGCCUGGCGUCAUAGCGAGGACGUUCAACGUUGUAGCCAGACUCGUCACCUGGUACACCAUCCUCACCAUCCUCUUCCGCUGCCCCGCCUCGCUCAAGGAAUGCGACAAGUCUUCUCCGCGCAUUUGCAAGACCUACUUCGAGGUCAAGCAGACCGUUGCGCCCCAUAUCGAACCAUACUAUACCGCCUACGCCGCUCCCUACGUCGACCUCGCGAGACCCUACUACCAUGUCGUCGACCAAAAGGCCAUUGCUCCCGCCCUGGCAUACGUGCAACCCAGAAUCCAAAAGGCCCACGGCUACACCAAGACGCAGUGGGAAAAGUCCCUUCAGCCCCAGCUUGUCAAGUACCAGAAGCUUGCAAAGUCCCAUUACGAACAGAGCGUGGGUCCCCAUGUCAAGCAGCUUUCCACUGCCGCCGCCCCAUACUACGAGAUUGCGCGCACCAACGCUCUGCAGACCUACCAUGGCGCUGUCGUGCCCGCGUACCACUCCGUCGAGCCCUACCUCCACAAGGCCUACAAGGCCGUCUCGGCAUUCACCGCCAGCACCGUGAUGCCCUCGACCCGCUGGGCCUGGAACAAGACUAGUCUCUUCCUCGAUGGAACCGUCAUGCCCCAUCUGAGGGUCGUCUACGCUGAGAAUGUCGAGCCUCAGCUGCUCAAGAUUGGCCAGCGUCUUGGUCGCCAUACCACAGGCAACAAAAAGUCGGUGCCCAAGCCCCCGGUGGACUUGUCCUCUAGGUUGGUGGCGACGCAUUCUCCUUCAUCACCGUUAUCGACAAAAAGAGUGCUGACUCGAACGCGUGCCUCCAGCACCAAGACAUCGACCUUUAGCAAGCCCACGCCGGCCACUACCGCUGCUUCGACCCCUUCGUCCCACGCCGAGUCCACGAUCCAGGUGGCUGCUGCUGCUGAAGAGCAAAAGGUCCUGAAUACAGAGCACCAUGUUCCCGAGAACCGUAUUCCCCCUCCCGAGAUCGAUGAGGAGCUCGAGAAGGAAGAUCCCGCUCGCCGUAGCGCCCGUGAGACUGUCGCUGCCGAUCUUCAGGACUGGCAGGAAAGGUACUCCAAGGCCGCUGACCAGGGCGCUUCCGAGAUUUCGGCCAGAAUUUACGAAAUCACCAAGAAGAUGAUCCGCCGUAACGCCAAGGUUACCGGCAAGGCUCUGCUCGAUGAGCUCCAGACUACGACGGUUUCCGAGCUCGUCCAACUGCGUCGCAAAAUCUUACAAAUCAUCGGGGCUGUGAAGAAGGAAAACGCCUCCGUCGAUGAAGGCCGCGAUCAAAUUGCCGCGGUUGUACGUCAGGCGGGCAUGUCCAUCAAAGAGAGAGCUCAGGAGGUCCGUACCUGGCAUGAGAACUACGAGGCCGAGAUGCAGUCCGCUAUUACCAACGCUGCCGAAGCCCACUUCAGCAUCCUUGCCGACAUCAGAGACCUGGCCUUGCAGAAGCUCGGUAUGAAGUGGGCUUGGAUGGAUGGCGUCACUUACAAGGACUGGGCCAAGUACCAUGAGCUCAAGAGCCGUUUCGAGGACUGGAACAACGACCUCAAGAACCUCAUCGUUACCCACCCUGGUCUCGAGGCUGCUCAGAACGAAGCGGCUGCUGUUGAGGAGGAGGCCAUGAACACUGCUGCUUCCGCUGCCAAGGAGCUUGCUCGCUUGAAGCAGGUUGCUCUUCGCAAGCUGGAAGCUGGCGACGACUCGGAUGAGUUUGAGAGCACUGUCGCUCAGCAGGCUGCCGAGCAUGUCGAGUAUGCUCAGGAUGCUGCGGCCAGUGUCGUUUCCGAGGCUAGCGAGUCUGUUAUUGCUGCUGGUGAAAAAGUUUCCGACGUCGUUGAGGAAGGCGUCAGCCGCGCUGCUGGAGUUGUGUCUGAGGCGACUGAGGCUGUCGUCGGAGCCGAGGACUCGGCUGCUGACAAGAUGGAGGAGCUUGUGGAUGACGCCACCUCCCCCGUUGUUGAGGCUGCCUCUUUGACGUUUGAGUCUGUCGAGAGCGCAACUGACAAUGUCAAGGAGUCUGCUGCCACUGUACUGAGCGAAGCCUCCGAGGUCAUUAUUGCUAGCUCUUCCACCGAGACCGAGACUGUUGAGUCAGCCAGUGUGGCGUCCGAGGAGGCUGCUGAUGUCGCUGAGCCUGCAUCCAAAACCCCCUCUAUCGUUGAAUCCCGCCCUGAUCUCGCAUCUACUGAGAUCCUCGAGGAGAUCCCUGUCAUUGUUGGUAACACCACCGUGGCGGAAAAGGAGGGCCCUGCUCCUGUCGAGCUCCCCGUUGAGGAGGAGGCUGAGGUAGAGUCUAAUAUCAUCGUCUCUGAAAGUCCUGAGCCUCCUGCCACCACCGUCAAGUCCGCUUGGCUCGGAGCUGCUGCUCAGUCGGUCCCUACUCGCCAGCCCAUCAUUGACGAAGAUACCUACGACGAUGUUUCUGAAGCCAUGGAGAAAAUGCGUAACGAUGUCAAGUCCGUCUACUCGUCCGCCAUGUCUCUUGCCAACAGCCAGUAUUCUGAUGCGCUCUCCCUCAUCUCUGCCCAGAUCCGCGGCACCCCUCAGCCGGCUCACCAGCAGAUGCUCGCAUCCGUCACUCAAGCUUACAGCAACGCCAUGGCCUCCGCUAGUGUCCGCCUUGACAAGGCCUUGAAGCUUGCCUCCAAGCAAGUAUACAAAAGCACACCCACUGAGACUUUCAAGAUCCUCCCCACCGCCGUUCCCGUCCCCAACAUCCCCUCUUUGGACUGGGAGCGCAUUCACUCCAUUGCCGCCCAGCGCCUUGAGCAAGGCCGAUCAUGGGCUGAGGAGCAAUACGAAAGCGCCAAGAUUGCCGCCGGCCUCGCCACUCCUACUCCUUCCACUCCCUCUGAGCAUGUCCAAAAGGCUCUUGAGAACGCCAGACAUAACUACUACGCUGGCCUUGGCGUCGCUCACGCUCGUUAUUCCGAAUUUUUGGCUGCCGCUUCGUCGGCUUUCAGUUCCAUGACCGCUACCCCUACACCCACUGACUUUGUCGGCACUGCUUCUUCAGUCGCUUCCGUCGCCACCGAGUCCGCUGCCUCUGCGGCUUCUGUUGUUACUGACAACGCUGCCUACGCGGCCUCCAUCGCCUCGGAAUCUGCGGCCUCUGCUGCCUCUGCCGCCGCUGCCUCGGCCGCAUCAGUCGCUUCCGCCGUUAGCGACGGCGCUGCCUCUGCUGCUUCGAUCGCUGGAGAGAAUGCCUCCUCCCUCGUUUACGCCGCGGGUGACAAGGCCUCCUCUGCCGCUUCCGUCGUUUCCGAGAACGUUGCCGACGCCGCCUCGGCCGUGUCCGAAUCCUGGGAUUCUGUUCUAGCCCGGAUCUCCAUCGAAGUCUACGGCGCCCCCACCCCCACUCCCUGGUACCAGACUGUCAUCUCGGUCGCUAGCGCCGCCAGUGCCUCUGCGGCCAGUGCUGCCAACCAAUACGGCGGUGCGGCGAGCGAUGCCGCGGCUGAUAAUGCUGCUUCGAUCACCAGCGCUGCUGGUGCUGCUGCCAGCGCGGCGGGCGAGUAUGCCGCUGCGGGCACGGAUGCUGCCGCGCAGCAGUAUAGCGUCGUGAGCAGCAUUGUCAAUGAACUGCUGGUGGGCAGGGAGCCGACGUUCUCUGAGAGUGUCGUCAGCAGACUCAAGGGAGUCUAUGCUACUUCUAUCCCCGAGGUUGUGGUUGGCGCGUACGAGAGCGCGAGCAGCUUAGCUAGUGAAGCCAAGGAGACUGUGGUGAGUGUUGCUAGUCAGGCUUCGGAGGCUGUUGUGGGACAUGAUGAGCUCUGAAACACGAGUCGCUGUUGAGGAUGUGGAGAGGUGAACGGGGAGAGUAUGAAGAGGAAGCAUACAGAGAAGAAGGAUGAGGACAGAGAGAUGAAAAGAAAAAAAUGGGGACAUUGAUAGCGGGAAUGAUGAGCGAAAAUGUGACUGAUGGGUGAGACCGAUGGGAAAAAAGAGAAGGGUGUUUUUUUUUUCUUCUUC